CCUGUUCUUGUGCUUCAAAAGUUGUUUUUGUGAGAAUGAGCAGUAGAACGUUUCUUCAUUGCGAAACGUCUUCCAUGUUGCAGCCCAACGACAGGCUGCGUGCGAACUUGGAACAGCAGCCCUUCAACUACAAGGCGACUGUGCUGCUCCCCGAUUGCGGCUGCCUUCCCUCUCAACUUGACACGCCAUUGAAGAGUUUCCAAAGUUUCUACCUCGUCCGGAAGCUUCCACUCUACGAACUACUGGACAAACAAGGUACAGACUUGUUAGCAUACGUGCCAAACAUAUCAACAACACGCAUGCAUGCUUUAGGAGGCGUGUGCGGCCUGUCCUACAAGACUCGCAUUGAGGAAGACAACUGCGCCUUCCUCAAGCCAGACGGACACCUGUGCCUGUCCCUGGACAAAGACUCAUACGAGCGCUUGGGCAUCGAAGGCAAAGCGUGUAAACCAAAGUCCACCAGAUAUGUGGUCGUCGUGGAUUUGUCAGACAGCGGCAUGGCUCCGGGCGGGUGCGGCUACCGGCGUCUCCUCAGCGGCCUGACGUCACGUCUUCCGCUAAAGAUGGACUUUCUGUUGGCGGCUCAUUCAGGUGGCGGAGACGCACUGGAGUUGCUGCUCUCACGAUACGAGCGGUCGCAACACACGCCAGAGGUCAGCAGUCGCCUUCUGACCGACCUGACCCGCCCCGCCCCGCUGACUUCGGACCUGCGUUCGUACGACCCCUUCGGCUUUCUAGAGUGGCUCGGGGCCGUCCAAGCCGACAUCAGCUGCGCUGACAUCACCGACGGCUUCCUGUCAUCGCUGGAGUGUCCUCGAGCGUCCGGCGUGUCUUCUCCGAGCUCCUUUCUGCUCUCGGUGCGCGGUCUGCUGCUUCCCGAAAAUGUCAUGACGCUCGUCCGGCAGCUCAGGCACAUCCUGGAGGGUCCCCGCCCCCCGCCCUGGGCAGCCGUGACCGUUUACGCCUUCGCGGACAAUCUGUACGUGCACGAGCGAAACUUCUACACGCUGCUGCUUUUCCCUGACCACGCCUACUCUCUGCACCUGGCCAGGCCCGCCUCCUGAUCACGCCCAAAUGGACUUGUGGAAGUUAAUCAGGAGAGCAAAUAUCAUUUGAAAUUCAACAUGUUCAAAGGUCGACAAAUUUUCAGAUUGCUUUAUUUUACUUUGCCACAAGAGACGACUUUUUAUUUUUUUGUUGUGAUGUUUAACAAAGUCAUCUGUUUUGAUAGAGGCAGGAAUUAAAAA